UUUUGAAAAAUAGAUGGUAGAAAACGACCGCGUUUUGUUGCAUUACAAAACAAGCUCCCAAAAGUUUCCAGUAAAAGAGGGCGUGACGGGCUCAGUGCGCAAACUUCGACCUGAGCUGAGAAGGCUUGGAGGUGGAGGAGACGCAGAGAGCAUUUGGAAGCCAAUUAUCCAAAACUUUUGGACUACAAAAAGAACCUGGUUAGGGCUCGGAAAAGAAGAAGGAAAAAGAGGAAGAAAUGUCGGUCCAAGAGUAUCUAGAUAAGCACAUGCUUUCUCGGAAAAUCGAAGACGCCGUCAAUGCUGCUGUUAGGGCCAAGACCCCAGAUCCUGUCCUUUUCAUUUCGAAUCAUAUGCGGAAAGCGGUUCCUUCUGUGAUCACGAAAGUGAAAGCUAGGCAGAUCCUCGAUAGCAGAGGAAUUCCGACCGUUGAAGUCGACCUCUACACCAACAAAGGAAUGUUUCGUGCUUCAGCUCCUAGUGGCGAUCCUACUGGAAUGUAUGAAGCGGUAGAAUUGCGUGAUGGGGACAAAGGGACAUAUCUUGGAAAUAGUGUGAGUAGAGCUGUUAAGAAUAUUAACGGCAAAAUAUCUGAAGCAUUGUUUGGCAUGGACCCAGUGCUUCAGUCCCAGAUUGAUCAGGCAAUGAUUGACCUUGAUAAAACCGAAAAGAAGGGUGAAUUGGGUGCAAAUGCCAUCUUAGCUGUGUCAAUUGCUGCAUGCAAAGCUGGUGCUGCUGAAAAGGAGGUUCCACUUUAUAAACAUAUUGCGGAUCUCUCUGGAAAAACCAGCCUAUCCCUUCCUGUCCCUGCUUUCACUGUUAUAAGUGGAGGAAAACAUGCUGGAAAUAAUUUGGCUGUUCAGGAAAUCAUGAUUCUUCCUAUUAGAGCAAGUAGGUUUGAGGAGGCAUUGCAAAUGGGCUCUGAAACCUAUCAUCACUUGAAGGCUGUUAUUACAGAAAAAUAUGGUGCACAUGAAUGUAACGUUAGUGAAGACGGUGGCUUUGCUCCAAAUAUCUCCAGUCUUAAAGAAGCCUUGGAUCUUGUAAAUGAGGCUAUCGGUCGAACAGGGUAUGGUGAGAGAAUAAAGAUAGCAAUCGAUGCUGCUGCCACUGACUUCUGCAUAGGUACCAAGUAUGACCUGGACUUCAAAUCUCCUAAUAAAUCAGGACAAAAUUUUAAGUCAGGAGAAGAUAUGGUUGACAUGUACAGAGAACUUUGUUUAGAGUACCCAAUUGUAUCAAUUGAGGAUCCAUUUGACAAAGAGGAUUGGGAACACAUCAAAAAUUUUUUUAGCCUCGGAAUUUGUCAGGUCGUAGGGGAUGACUUGUUAAUGUCAAAUUCAAAACGUAUUGAGAGAGCAAUAAGUGAGUCCACUUGUAAUGCUCUUCUUCUCAAGAUAAAUCAGAUUGGGACAGUAACAGAGGCCAUUGAAGUUGUGAAGCUGGCAAAGGAUGCUCAAUGGGGAGUUGUGGUAUCUCAUAGACGUGGUGAAACUGAAGAUUCUUUUAUAGCUGAUUUAUCUGUUGGUCUUGCUACUGGUCAGAUCAAAGCAGGUGCUCCUUGCAGAGGAGAACGGCUGGCAAAGUACAACCAGUUGGUACGCAUUGAAGAAGAGCUUGGUAGUGAAGCAACUUAUGCUGGUGAAGAUUGGAGGCAAUCAUCCUAAUCUGCUUUCUUAGGUUUUUGUAUUCAGAAUUCUUCUUUUAUAUCCUUCACUUAUAGAUUGGGGCGCCUAAAGAUAUCACCUCGCGGAAUUUUCAGCAACGUGAUAUAGUGCUCUGUUUUUUUGCAUAUCUGUGUUUUAGUUAUUAGGGUUCCCUCUUUUGUGUUGAGUAGGGAGCAGAGAGCAUUGAAGAACGUGUAAUUGGGUUUGCAAAUAUUUAGACAUGAUUAAGUAGUAUUGUUGUUGUCAUAUACAUAACAACGAGAAAAAAAAAAAAAUUCGAACGUUUUGUUUAUUUGGAUUCA